AUGGCAUCAUUUGCCGUUGUGGUCUUAGUUGUGUUUGGAUACGCAUUUAAUAAUUCAUAUUUUGCACAAUAUCAAGUGUCUGGUGCAUUAAUAAUUUCAUUAGAUGCUUUGACAACUUGUGUGAAACACGCUGAUGAUAAUGCAACAAUAACAACAGAUAUUGUUCUGCCAUGGACUGACUCUAAUCAGCAGGGUUUCCAAGUUCAAAUUAUCUUAUUAGGACCACAUACCAUUGGUGGUUUUCGGCAUAUGGUUUGCCAUUUACGUUCUGUAAAAUCAUGA